CAGUUGCUCAGGUACUUUGGCUGUCUGUUGCUAUGGGAGAUUGGAAGACUAUUACAGUGCCAGCACUGUCAUCAGCUAGCAAAAUCCCUUAUCAGAAUACCUCAGAAAAAAAGAACAGGAGUACUUGUGGCACCUCAGAAAAAAAGAUGUCCCCUUCAAGUUUAAACAUGCAACAAGUGCUACGCUCGCCACUGCCUUUGUCCAAAAGUACGCACAGCUUUUUCAGUGCCUUCUGCACAGAAGAGAAUGUUGAACAGAGCAUCUCCUAUCUUAACAGGGAGUUGACAACAUUAGGUUUCCCUUCUCUUUAUUCGGAGUGCAAAGAUAAAGAAUUAAAUGUAGUAUCGGUCUUAAAUUGUAUGAAUGAACUGCUUGUACUCCAACGCAAGAACCUCCGAGCUCAGGAAGAGGUGGAAAUCCAGCAUCUGAAACUGGGUAGUGAUAUGGACCACCUGCAGAACUGCUAUGCUAAAGUAAAGGAGCAACUGGAAACUUCUAGAAGGGAAAUAGUGGGACUUCAAGAAAGAGACAGACAACAGCAAUGUAAGAACAGAAAUCUGCACCAGUUACUUAAAAAUGAAAAAGAUGAGGUACAAAAAUUACAAAAUAUUAUUGCAAGUCGUGCUACUCAGUACAAUCAUGAUAUGAAGAGGAAAGAAAGAGAAUACAACAAACUAAAAGAGCGCUUACAUCAACUAGUCAUGAACAAAAAGGAUAAAAAAAUAGCUAUGGAUGUUCUAAAUUACGUAGGUAGAGUUGAUGGGAAGAGAGGUGCUUGGAGAACUGGUAAAACAGAAGCCAGGAAUGAAGAAGAAAUGUACAAAGUUCUUUUAGGUGGCUAUGAACAACGUCAAAAACAGCUUCUAGUGGAAAAUGCUGAGCUCAAGAAAGUUCUUCAGCAAAUGAAGAAAGAGAUGAUUUCACUUCUCCCACCACAGAAACAGAAACCUAAGGAAAGAGCUGAAGAUGGCAUUGGGCCGGUACUAUCAGACAUGGAGGAAGAUGCUGUAGAAUUAAAUAAAGAGAAUAUGUGGGAACUUUCUUGUGAAACUGUGCGAGAACAGCUUACCAACAGCAUUAGAAAGCAGUGGAGAAUGCUGAAAAAUCAUGUUGAAAAACUGGAUAACCAAGUGUCACGUGCACAUUCAGGGGCUUUGAAUGGCAGCGAUGUAAUUUCAAGAGAGGACCAUGAACUGGAAACUGAAAAGCUAGAAUUAGAAAUUCAGCAAUGCAAAGAAAUGAUCAAAACUCAGCAACAACUAUUACAGCAGCAGCUUAUGUCUCCAUGUGAUGAUGAUACCUCUAUGUUACUACAGGACUGUUAUUUGUUGGAAGAAAGAGAGCGCCUCCAGGAAGAAUGGAAACUAUUUAGAGAACAAAAAAAGAACUUUGAGAGAGAGCGAAGAAGUUUUACAGAAGCUGCUAUUAGAUUAGGACUUGAGAGAAAGGCAUUUGAAGAAGAUAGAGGGGCUUGGCUGAAGCAACAGUUUUUGAGCAUGACUUCUGAUCACAAGAACUCUGAACAUGUGAAAACUCAAAGUGCCUACUCAGGAAGUUCUGACCCAGACAAUCAGUUAAUGAACUUCAGGUCUCGGCAAAAGAAACCUCACUGCUUGCCUAGUGUACCUCCUUCAGAGGAACUUUGCCAGACAAUUCAGCAUAUCCCACACAACAGCAAUUCGAGUGUUGUAUUGAAUAAAACUACUGAAGACAGCAAGCCAAAGCAAUGGAAGGGACUCAACAAAGCAGAAACUGAAUAA